CAUGAAAACAGGAUUGUAAAUGGUGCAGCACAAUUUCCCUUUGAUGCCCAUUGCAUGGUCCUAGACAGUGUUCCUAUGGUAACACAAGUCCCAAUCAUUUAAAUAGGAUAGGAGAACAGAAGGCAUCAUCAGCUGAAGCAGCAACACAGGCUGCACAGAGCUCCCACCCAGGACUACUACAUUUAGAGGAAAAUACCCUUUCAAUUAUGUCAACAGGAUUUGUGUCGCCACUAGACCUCUCAGAAGACGUAUUGGAUAAACGAGAACAGCACUGUAAGCUUUUAGACAAUCUAUCUGAACAACUGAUAAGGAGUUGUGAUAUCCAAAUGAAAACAAGAAAGGGAAAAACUACAUCAGUUUCUCAAAACAAUGAAAUGGACCUAAAACAGCCUCGGAGGAAGGAUACACCAGCCCUAAACCGGCCACCAUUUCUUCCAGAUUUUUCAGAGCUUUUAUUGAAAAAGUUUGAUGAAGUUGACAAACAGCAGAAGAACAAACUAAUCCCAUCUGUCCUUAACAAAGAGCAGGACUUGAGAAAACCUAGAAGAAAAGAUACACCUGCACUGCACACAUCACCACCCCUCCCAGGUAUCAAACUGCUGAAAGAAGAUAGGAGAGCCAUUAUUGUGGAGAGUGAAGAAACCGAUGGAUAGAGAACAAUUUGUUAAAAUUAACAUAACAUAAUUCAAUAAUGUUUUUCAAGUACUGUACUAUAGUUUAGAAUUAAAUAUACAGGGCCCCCGAGAGUGGCGAAGGGCUCGGGUACUGAAGGAGCAUGGUCAACAUGGGAAGACUAUAGUCACAGCACCUUCCAAAAAAAUUGGGGCACCGGCCAUUGUAAACGGAGCAUCAGCAGCUCCAGAAAGUGACAUUUGUCCACUUUCAACCAUCCGGUGCCCGGGUAAUUAGUGCCUGCCCCCCCCCCCCCUCCCCCCCCCCCCUCAGUGCAAUGUGUACUGUAUUGGAACAUUUUGUAACUUUUAUAACUGAUUUGAAAAUUUUGUUUUUGUGAUAAAAUACAUUAUUGAGUAGCAAUUAAAAUUUAGUGUGCAUCUUUUUUAUAUUUUGCAUAUAC